AUGUCCGACUCGAGCGACGACGAGCUGGCCGACCACCGCGCGGCCGCACGGCACUUUGCCCGCCGGAGCCAGCUGCCGCCCGGCCUCAACGAGGGCUUCAUGACACGGCCCGCCGACCGAUACUCGCCCGACAUCUACUCGGUCACGUCCGACAACCCGAGCCAGACGGCGAUGCUGUCCGCGCUCGACGCCGGCAUGCAGUCGCAGUACGCGGGCAGGCACUCGCAGUACUACGCCGCCAGAACCCCCAACCCGGGACCCCAGAUCAAGCCCCAUCUGUCGUCCCUCGACAUCCCACGCCGCUACGGCAGCAACGCCAUCCUCGACAUGUACGCCCUCACCUACGUCAGCGAUCCGGACCCCAACCUGCUGUGCCCCAUCUGCCACGAUCCCCUCGUCGACCCCGUCACGACGCCAUGCGAUCACACGUUUUGCUACCGAUGCUUGCGCAGAAGCAUGGCGUCGAGCCCCGCGGGCGGUGCCUGUCCCAUUGACAGAGAGCCGCUGCUGUGGACAGACUGCUCUAGCUCUAUACGGCCGAUCCGCACGCAGCUCAACAGCCUGAUCGUCAAGUGCCCUCACCACGGCAGAGGCUGUGAGGAGGAGAUGAGGCGUGAGGUGGUGGAGCGGCAUGCCACCGUCGAGUGCAGCUUUCGAGAGUUUCCCUGUCCGGAUGCCGAAUGCGACAAGACGAUUCGCUACAAGCCGACGGACGACAAGUGUCACCAUCAAGAAGCCAGCUGCAUGUUCUGCGACGCCAUCAUCGAGGACGCCGACCGCGACAUACAUCUGCUCCAAUGCCCCAAGAGCAAAACCCGAUGUGCGGCCUGUUGGUCGCUGGUUCUCCGCGAGCAGGAAGACAGCCAUCGAAACCUGGACUGCGACGCCAUCGAGGUGGGAUGCCGCUUCCAGAGCGCCGGCUGUCCGGUGAGGGUCGCGCGCGCACAUCAGGAGCUCCACGCCCUGUCCUGCCCGUUCCAUCCGGACUCGCCAUCAGGUGCCAUCAUACGCAGCCAGCGUGAGCUCAUAGAAACGUACAACAGCUUGGGUAGCCAGCUCCGCCACCUGCGGGCCAGGCAGGAGGAGACAAGCCGGCGGCUCGACCACGUAGCUGGGCCGGCCGCUCGCCCCGGUGAGCCGGGUUUCAGGGAUCCCAGGCCGAUGCCAGACCUGGAUGCCGGGUUUGAAGAGGUGCAUCACAACCUGAGCAAUCUCGAGGCCCGGCAGAGCAUGUGGAUGGUCACCCAGCUCAUGCCCGUCCGGGAAGAGAUUGUUGAGCUGCGGAAUACCAACAACAUGCUUCGUAUGCAAGUCAAUUACCUCCUGAGCCGCGUCCGCGAUGAAGGACAGCCACGACCGACAUCCAGCGGCACGACAAGGCCCACGUCGAUGGGCUCCGACACGGCGGCGCGGGAGCCGAUGCCUCCCAUGAUGCGCCAGAGACGGCGAUCCUCCAGCGCAGACAUCCGGGCACGACGCCUGGCCAAGCUGGGCAAGCCCGCAACGCCGAAGCCGGCGGAGAGCAAACCCCCCGAGGCUGCCAGCUCAACAUCAUCACCAGCUCCCGAGGCAGGCGAGGCGAACAAGACCAAGAUCAACAUCACACCCGCGGCGGCCUCGCCGGCUCCCAACCCAUUCGAGCAGCUUGCCGUCGGGUCGAGCAGGCCGGCCGAGGCCGCGAGCCCUACAGGUACUACCUUUCGUAUUGCUCGCAAGAGGUCCGCCUCUCAAGUUGACGACAUCCUUUCAGCGCCGCCGCCCCCGCGCAAGCCUACGCCCGCACAGGUCGAGUCGGACGAGGACUAUGCCGACAGAGUGCUCAGCCAGAUCUUCCGCAUCACGGCCGACCCCCACCGGAUGACGAGCAACCAGGGGAGCCACCGUCUGACGUUUCUCCCGAACCUAAACCAAGAGCUGGUCGAUUCCGGGGAGCCCCUGAAGCUGUCCGUCAACAACCUGGACCAGGCCAUCAUAGAGGCUUGCAGCAGCUGGCCCCAUGACAAGCCCCUGAUGCAGUAUCUGCUGCCGUGCUGGAAGAGGGCCGUAAAGGCGGCUGCGGGGAACAAACACACAAGUGGCGUCAGGUUCGAACUACAUGAGGAGUCAAAGCGGCUUUGCAUGAGCAACUGUCUGUUUGCCGUUACCAUGCCGGUGCUAUAUGGUCGCGAACCAAAUCCGGAGCAUGACACCAUUGCUCCUUAUCUUCUGAGGAGUCCUAUUGACGAAGAGGGAAUAUGCUUGGACUUUAUCAAAGAAGCAAUCAAGCGGUUUGAUGAUGACGAAGCCUUUCCUGCCAUCUUCAACGAUGCCAUGGUCAAGAUCAGCACCCAGCUUGCGAGCAUGUCCAUGGGUGACGAUUACAAGCCACAUGUCCAGGCACUGGUGACAUAUGCGCGAUUCCCUGUCCUAAUAUCAAACCUUGCAAAGCACGCUUGCUUCAAGCUCGCCGUGUCCGCCCACAAUAUCGAGAGAAACACGAUUCUCGGACCCUUCUUUCGUCUCUCUCCCUUGCAGCCAGAAGUGAUCAAAAGUUAUUUCCCGGGGUCGCGAACUCUAGACAAGGCCCGCAUUACAAAUGCGCAAGACGCUUUGCGAAUGGUGCUGAGAACACACCAAGACGACUUGUUUGUCAUUACGAAUGCUUUCAUUCGGGCUGGGCCCGACACAAGGAACCGCACACUAGACUGGUUCGCCUACAUCCUAAACACGAACCACAAGCGGAGAGCAAUCCAGGUGGACCCUAGAGAAGUUGCCUCGGAUGGCUUCAUGAUGAACGUGACGACUAUUCUGGAUCGAUUCUGUGAACCCUUCAUGGACAACGACUUCAGCAAAGUAGACAAGAUUGACGUACGAUACUUCAGGAGACAGCCACGAAUCGACAUCAGCGACGAGACCAAGCUCAACGCCGAUCAAGCUGCCGCCGAAAAGUACUAUGCGCAAAAGGAAGAAGGGGAAUCAAACUUCAUCACCGAAGCCUUCUUCUUGACGCUGGCUGCUCAUCACUACGGAAGUGAGGCGCUCAACUCUCAGCUGAAAAACCUCGACCGCGAAAUCAAAUACCUGGAGAAGCAUAUCAAGGCCAUGGAGGCGGAGCGCCCCAAGCUGGCGAAUUCUCCUCAUCAGCUCAGGUUAUUUGAGGAGACGCUCAAGCGCCACACCAACGUCUUGGAGAAGACGAUAGCGCUCAAGUACUCGAUUGAGGGCGUCCUCCUUGACGAGAGGAUGCAGAGCACCUCCUUGCGGUUCAUGCGUUAUGUCACUGUGUGGCUGCUUCGCAUUGCGACGGGGUCCGACUAUAAGCCUGGACUUGAAUCCGAGACUAUCAAGUUGCCUAUAGAGUUGGGCCACUCUGAUGCCUUUGCGUAUCUUCCCGAGUACACUCUCCAAAACAUCGUCGACAACUUCAAGUUUGUGUUCCGAUGGUUGCCUACCAUUCUUCCCAGCGCGGUAGGCGAGGAAAUGAUUGCCUUGUGCAUUACAUUCCUCCGAUCCUCGGAACACAUCAAGAAUCCCUACCUCAAGUCUUCGCUGGUGUCUCUUCUCUUCUCCGGAACCUGGCCCUUUAUGCAUCUUAAGAGAGGUGUGUUGGGCGACCAGCUCAUCUCCAUCAAAUUCGCCAACGACUAUCUCCUUCACGCCCUCAUCAAAUUCUACAUUGAGUGUGAGUCAACGGGAGCCAACUCGCAAUUCUACGACAAGUUCAACAUUCGAUAUGAGAUCUUUCAGGUCAUCAAAUGCGUGUGGGUCAACGACGUCUACAGACAGCAGCUCAUUAAGGAGAGCAAGGUCAACAGGGGCUUCUUUGUCCAGUUUGUCAACAUGCUUCUGAACGAUACCACCUACGUCCUCGAUGAAGCUUUCACGAAAUUCCCCAAGAUCCGCACCCUCGAGAAGGAACUCGAGGAUCGCAGCAUCUCUACAGAAGACCGACAGAAGAAGGAGGAAGAGCUGCAGACCCUGGGGACCCAGGCGACGUCGUACAUGCAGCUGGCCAACGAGACACUCGAGAUGAUGAAGCUGUUUACGAAGACGCUGAGCGAGGCUUUCACCAUGCCCGAGAUUGUCUCGCGUCUGGCGAGCAUGUUGAACUACAACCUCGAGACGUUGGCCGGUAAGAAGGCUGCCGCCGAGUUGAGUGUUUCGAACAGGGAGAAGUACCACUUCCGGCCGAUUCAGCUGCUGUCCGACUUUGUCGACAUCUACCUCAACCUUGGAUCAUCCCAGGUCUUUAUCGAAGCCGUCGCUGCCGACGGCCGCUCCUACAAGCCAGAGGUUCUCGACCGUGUCUCCCGAAUUCUCUCGACAAAGCACCAGAAAGACACGGCAGACAUUGCCCGGUGGGACAAGCUCAAGCUCAAGUUCAUCGAGGCAAAGGAGCUGCUGGACCAGGCCGAGCUCGAUCUCGGAGACAUCCCGCCCGAGUUUGAGGAUCCCAUCAUGGGAGAGCUGAUGAAGGAUCCCGUGCUGCUGCCGAGCAGGCACAUUGUCGACCGGUCGACGAUUGUGCAGCAUCUUCUGAGUGAUCCAAAGGAUCCGUUUACGCGGCAGCCCAUGACGAUUGAGGACGCGAUUCCGCAGACGGAGCUCAAGGAGAAGAUUGAGGCGUGGCGGCAGGAGAGGAUCCAGGCUGCCAAGGAGAAGAUGGCAGGAGAGGCCAUGGAUACUGCUGAGGGUUGA